GAUGCAUUACUCCCGGUUUUGGUGGGAUGGACCUCUGAAAACUCCUGGUUUCAACACAUUCCUCCGUAAUAUACUUAAACGCUGUCGCUAAGACCUGGGUUGCUAAUACCCAGAGAUAUUCUGUAUACUAUCCCAUGAUAUUAAGUUGAUUUUUUUUUUUUUUUAAUCUUAUUUGUAUAUACCAUGUUCAAACGCUGAGGACGUACCUGUUUCUGUAUCUCGUUAUAACGAGGAGGUGUGAGCUGAGGAAACACUUUUUGCUAGUUUUGUUGCACUUCUUGAGCGGCUUAUCUACCCAGCGCGGGAUGGGGUCUUGGCUGCAAAGCAGGAGCUAACUUCGACAAGGUGUUGCACUAAACCAUGGGAAUUUGAGUCGCGGGAAGUCUACAUUCUUGCUUGAAUUCAAAAAGGAGAUGUGAAGCAUAACUGAAGAGGAAUAUUUAUCAAAUUGAACAUUAUUAUUAUUUUUAGAAGAAUACAGACACUCAGAUCAAUCAGUCAAACGUCAGUCGCCACUGCGAUGUGACUUACUGUUGACCACUGAGGUAAAAGGUACGGAGAAAACACCGCAUGGAAAAGUGAGUUUUGGUACUCCCCCUGGCAUGGAAACCUGAAAUAUUUCUGCAUAACUGAAUAGCUUUAAUGUACUGAGAUGAAACCGUUAAAGCCCUUUGGCCCAGCCGUAUUAGGACUUUUGUGGAGUUGCUUAGGGUUUCUACAAUGCGUUCAGUGUGGUUUGGGGGACAACCAUGUGCAUUCUAGCUUUAUUUACAGGAGGUUGCGUAACCAUGAAAGGAGAGAGAUUCAGAGAGAAAUCCUUUCAAUUUUGGGCUUGCCGCACCGUCCCAGGCCAUUCUCUCCGGGGAAACAAGCAUCGUCAGCGCCUAUGUUCAUGCUGGACCUGUACAAUGCCAUGUCCACGGAGGAGGAAGACGGAAUGGUGGAGGGCACGGGGAAAGGGUCCCCGGGAAAGACCCAGGGAAGCUCGCGCAAAGGGUACUACGCCUCUCCGCAUGGGUACUCCCGCGCGGGACAGUCGUAUCGCUUUGCACCGCUGACGAGCCAAAGCCCUCCGCUGGCUACCUCACACGAUACAAACUUUCUCAACGACGCCGAUAUGGUUAUGAGCUUUGUCAACUUAGUGGAGAGAGAUAAGGAUUUCUCCCACCAGCGAAGGCACUACAAAGAGUUUCGGUUUGACCUCACUCAAAUACCUGAUGGGGAGGCAGUGACCGCAGCCGAGUUUCGUGUCUACAAAGACCGCAGCCACUCUCGUUAUGAAAACACCACGCUGAAGGUCAGCAUAUACCAGGUCAUCAAGGAGUACCAGAACAAGGAUGCAGAGACCUUCUUGUUGGAUUCAAAAAAACUGAGGGCAUCUGAUGGAGGCUGGCUGGUGUUUGACAUCACAGCCACCAGCAACCACUGGGUACUGAACCCCCAGCAGAACAUGGGGCUGCAGCUCUCUGUGGAGACUAUGGAUGGUCGAAGCAUCAACAUGAAGUCUGCUGGUGUGGUCGGGAGGAACGGGCCGCAGUCCAAACAACCUUUCUUGGUGGCGUUCUUCAAAGCCAGCGAGGUGCUGCUUCGUUCAGUGCGAGCCACAGGAGGAAAGAGGAAGAAUCACAACCGCAAUAAAUCUGGGGGGCAGCAGGACUCCUCUCGGGUCUCCAAAGCAGGAGACCAGAACACCAGUGAACAAAAGCAGGCCUGCAAGAAACACGAACUAUAUGUGAGCUUCCGUGACCUGGGGUGGCAGGACUGGAUUAUUGCACCUGAAGGCUACGCUGCUUUUUACUGCGAUGGAGAAUGUUCCUUUCCUCUUAAUGCACAUAUGAACGCAACAAAUCAUGCCAUUGUGCAGACCUUGGUCCAUCUGAUGUUCCCAGACAAUGUGCCUAAGCCAUGCUGUGCCCCAACCAAACUGAAUGCCAUCUCCGUUCUGUACUUUGAUGACAGCUCCAAUGUUAUCUUGAAGAAAUACAGGAAUAUGGUGGUGCGGUCAUGUGGCUGCCAUUGAGAUUACAUGGGGCUAUCUUGUCUCCAGAUGUGUAGGAUUGCUGGAAAACAUAUCAGUGAUAGAUAGUUAAUCUGAGAUGUGAUGUACAGUGUUAUGUAUA